UGGCUAGGCGAGUAGCAUUCAGGAAUAGCAGAUGACAGUUCGGAAGGUGCCGCUAAACCGGCCCGCGUGCUAUUGGGAUAGUUGCCGAAACCGGCGGGAUGUCAUCGUGAGAGAACGGCGCCGUGUAUGGGGAAAGACAGCUAAUUACUUUUUCAUGGCGGUGCUGUGAUCCGCACAGCGCAGCGGCCAGCGAGUUCCUAGAAUACCCGCUUCCCUGCAGGUAGCCGGGAUUAGCGCGAAACCGCGCAGGAUCAGGCCAAUUAUGGAGAGUUCCGGAGACGCGAGUUGGGUGCUGAAGCCGGAGACAGCCUGCUCAUCCUGUGCCGGAUCGGAGCCUCCCAUUUCGGGGAAAGCUUUCCGUAAUAAACCAAAAGCAAGGAGCAUGUCCACCUCGGCUGUGCCCAGCUGCGCAGAGUUCAGGCGGACCCAGUCACUGCACGGACCAUGUCCGGUGACCACAUUCGGGCCCAAAGCGUGUAUGAUGAAGAACCCAAAGGCGGUGAUGCAUAUUCAGGACCCAGCAAGUCAGAGGUUGACCUGGAACAAGCCACCCAAAAGUGUCCUUGUAAUUAAAAAGAUUCAGGAUGUCAGUCUCCUGCAGCCUUUUAAAGAGCUUUGCAUCUUCCUCACGGAGCAGAAAAACAUGAUUGUUUACGUGGAGAGGAAAGUCCUGGAGGACCCUGCCAUUGCAAACGACGAGAGCUUUGUGGCCGUGAAAAAGAGUUUUUGCACUUUUAGUGAAGAUUAUGACGACAUCUCCAACCGGGUAGACUUCAUCAUUUGUUUGGGAGGAGAUGGAACUUUGCUGUACGCUUCCUCCCUCUUCCAGGAAAGCGUACCUCCAGUAAUGCCCUUCCAUUUGGGAUCUCUAGGCUUUUUGACACCUUUUAACUUCGAUACCUACCAAUCUCAGGUUACACAGGUUAUUGAAGGCAACGCAGCCAUAAUCCUGCGGAGUCGACUGAAGGUAAAAGUGGUGAAAGAAAACUGGGAGAAAACCAGACCAAAGGAAAAAAAUGCGAUCAUCGCAAAUGGGGAAGCCGAGUCCGGCCGCAAAACUAUGCAAUACCAAGUGCUAAAUGAGGUCGUUGUGGACCGAGGUCCUUCCUCCUACCUCUCUAACGUUGAUCUUUUCCUGGAUGGUCACCUGAUCACCACUGUACAAGGCGAUGGAGUGAUCGUGUCGACGCCAACAGGAAGUACUGCGUAUGCCGUGGCGGCAGGAGCCUCCAUGAUCCACCCCAACGUCCCAGCCAUUAUGAUCACCCCAAUCUGUCCUCACUCUCUCUCUUUUAGACCCAUCGUUGUCCCUGCUGGUGUCGAGCUCAAGAUUAUGCUGUCGCGUGAGGCACGAAACAAUGCAUGGGUUUCCUUUGAUGGGAGGAAACGGCAGGAGAUCGGACAUGGAGACAGCAUCAGCAUCACCACUUCGUGCUUCCCGGUCCCAUCCAUCUGUUUCCGCGACCCGGUGAACGACUGGUUCGAAAGCCUGGCUCAGUGUCUGCACUGGAACGUGCGUAAGAAGCAAAGCCACCUGAGCUCGGAGGAAGAGGAGUUUUGAUUUGCUUCGGAAGCACUUUGUUUCAUUUAUUAUAUUUUGUUCUUCUUUUUAUGCCUCUCUGGGACGCGUCGUCCCACUUUCGACCACAGAACUUUUGCGAAGCUCGCUGCUUCACAGUCACUUUUGUGCGUUUGUUUAAAAAAAAAAAAAAAAAAUUUUAAAGAAGAAUUACAAUUUGUAGAUGGUGUAUGACACGUUACUGUCAUAAGCUGCCAGGAAUGUCACAAAGACGUUUCAUGAGGAGUCUGAAUGAAACAUCAGGUAUCGUUUGCAUCAUGCAUGAGGAGCAUUUAAGCACCACAGCAAUAACUGGAUAUGAAUCGAAUCGUGCCUUAAAUUACAUAGAACGUUAAAGGGGGCAUUUAGCCACGUCUUGUAUUUGUGUAUCAUAGUUAUAGAUAUUCUAUAAAUAAAUGUCUGGUCACAGGGACUCAUUUGUGCAGGACGCUGCCUUAAAAAAAACUAAUACAUUCUUGUUUUGUUUGUAGGAAACUACUGUUUAAUUUUAAAAGUCUUACAGGUAAACAACCACCACGAAGUAUUUGAUUCCUGAGAUCGCAUAGCUCAUUCCAGGUCUGUCGGGGCCACUGUUUUUGUUUUUUAGUUUCAGACUUACAUUUCUGAGCAAUAUUUUAUUAAGGAGUUAUUGGUUAUUGUUUCCCCCAUUCCAUUACCUUAUGUAUUUAGUGUUAAAGUAAGUAAAUGAAAGCCAACAUGCAGUUUCAAGUGUCCUUCUCACUAAACUUUAGCUUUAACAGGCUUAUCUACUACAUAAAGACUUUACUUUGUGUUCUAGUCACGUGCAAUCCGACUAGUUUACUAGUGCAUUAAAGCUGUCGAAGGUUAAUUCAGCCACGUGUGCCCUGUUUUAGAAGGAAGAACGGUUUACAUUCACUCUCCCUCUCAUAUUUUUUUACCAUUGUUCAGAUAAUGAAUGAAGAAAGUUGUCAUUGUCAUAAUGUCAUAUUUAUGCGCUCUAACUGUUCAUUAGUAAGCGAUGCUGUUAUUCUGGUUUAUAUUCUGUAGAAGCCACCCUCUUUAUUAGAUAUGUCAAGAUUAUAGAUCAUGAAUUCUUGUUCUCAGUGGGCCUAAUGCAUAACCAUGUGAAGUAGCUACUACUUUUCUGAAACCAAAACUAUCAGUCUUAAUCAUUCUCACCGACGUCAAUAUAUAGUUGAUCAUCUGUGAUUCUUGGAUGAAAUGCUCAGGAGAGAAUUCAUUUUGUGUGCAAGAAUUUCUUGGGGCCUGCCUGCCGUAUCAUGAGGUGUCUCAUUCCUUCAGAUCUGCUUUUAUCAGACAUGACUAAUUAAAAAAUUUUCAUGUUUUUGA